GUGGCAGCAGUCCGCGAAAUUUCCAGUGCGCACGAAUUUAAACUGGGAGCUGCUUUCUUCAAACCCAGCACGCAAACUUUCCGACUUUAACUUCACUUGAGCUUUAUCUUUUCUUUAUUUCCAACAACACCUGGCGGAUGUUUGACUCUUUAUCAAAACACAUUUCAUUAGCACCGCCGUUUAAAGUGAGCCGAGGUGAGGGAGGGGAGAGAGAGAAGAACUGGUGUAAAAUGUGAAGUAUGUGCGUGCACAGCGUCCUGCUGCACGAGCUGCCUCAGUCCAGCUGACGGACACCGCGAGACCACUUCACCUUGGAGACUAAAACCUGAGUUAUUAUUAUUAUUAUUAUUAUGGACAUGAUGAAUUUAAAGCUCCAGUGCAUCCUGGUGGUCUUCACUUUUUAUGUGCAAGAGGGAUUAUCGAGGGAUUAUGAAGCCAACCUGGGAGCAGAUAUUCUUUUACAGAGAGUAAGACGCCAAAGCAAAGCAACAAAACCAGUGCUGAAGGUGACAGACUACCAUGUGAAGUGUACGGUGGUGUCCCGCUACGCUGUCACCACAGUCCAGAGUUCAGUAUGGAACCAGCUUCCCGUCACCAAGGAGGCUGCCUUUGAGGUGGACCUGCCCUCCUCUGCUUUCAUCUCCAACUUCACCAUCACCUCCAAUGGCAACGUGUACGUGGCCCAGGUGAAGGAGAGAGCUGCCGCCAGGAAGAUUUACGAUGCUGCUAAGAAGCAAGGAAAAACAGCCGGACUGGUUGCUACCAAAGAGAGGGAGAUUGAGAAGUUUCGUGUGGCAGUAAGCGUGCCGUCAGGAGCUCGGAUGUCCUUCCUCCUGUCCUACGAGGAGCUGUUGCCUCGUCGACUCGGCCGCUAUGAGCUCAGUUUGGGUCUGAGGCCUGGACAGCUUGUUCAGAACCUCACGUUAGACGUCCGUAUAAUGGAGCGGACGGGCAUCAGUUUCAUCAAAGCCUUUCCUCUCAGGACGAGCCGGCUGCUCUCGAACACCGCUCAAGGUGAUGCAGAGGCGCCGGCCUCCACUCAUGUUGAGCAGAGCGCUUGCUGUGCUCGAGUUCGGUACAGUCCUACUCUACAGCAGCAGAACAGUAUCUCCUCCAAAGGUCUCAACGCAGACUUCAUCAUCCAGUAUGACGUGGACCUCAGAGAUCUCAUGGGAGAAGUACAGGUGUAUGACGGCUACUUUGUGCAUUAUUUUGCACCCAGAGGGCUUCCUGUGGUUCCUAAGGAUGUUAUAUUUGUCAUUGAUGUCAGUGGCUCAAUGAUUGGCACUAAGAUGAAACAGACAAAGCAGGCCAUGAGCACCAUUCUCGGGGACCUUAGAGAGGGAGACCACUUCAAUAUCAUCACCUUCUCAGACAAGGUUCACACCUGGAAGAAAGGAAGGACAGUCCGGGCGACUCGGCAGAAUGUACGAGACGCUAAAGACUUUGUGAAGAGGAUUAUUGCAGAAGGAUGGACCAACAUCAAUGCAGCUCUGCUUUCAGCCGCCCAGCUCGUCAACCCUACGUCCCCUGCCUCCUCCGGCCACCUCUCAUCCCGCCGUGUCCCUCUGGUCAUUUUCCUCACAGAUGGGGAGGCAACCAUCGGAGUGACAGCUGGCGACACCAUCCUUGGCAACGCCAAGAAAGCUUUGGGCUCUUCCUCUCUGUUUGGCCUUGCCUUUGGAGACGACGCCGACUUCCUCCUCCUGAAACGCCUGGCUCUGGAUAACCGAGGGGUGGCCCGGAUGGUGUACGAGGAUGCAGACGCGGCUUUGCAGCUUAAGGGCUUCUAUGACGAAGUAGCCAGCCCUUUGCUCUCAGACAUCCAGCUGUCGUACCUGGACGAUCAGGCGUUCGACAUCACCCGCGCCCUGUUCCCGAAUUACUUCCAAGGCUCGGAGCUGGUGGUGGCUGGCAGGGUCAAACCAGGGGUCAAGGAUUUAAAGGUGUCAAUGUCCGCCACUGAUUCAAAGCAACGUGUGAAGUUGGAGAACGAUGUGUUGAUUUCCCACGCCAAAGGGAAUGGGAGUGUAGACUCACUCGACUGUUCCGAAGGCGUGGAAGGAAUAUCCAGCUUCGUGCACCGUCUCUGGGCGUAUUUCACCAUCAAAGAGCUGCUACUGGCCAAACUGAAUGCUACCGACCCUGUAACUCAAAGGUUACUGGCAGACAAGGCCACCAACCUGUCCCUCAAGUAUAACUUUGUAACACCAGUCACGUCUUUAGUUGUAGUUAAGCCAGACGCAGAUGACGCAGCUCAAACUCAAACCACAGCAAAACCCACCACCGCGGCCACUAUAACCACGACAGCAACGACUACUGCCACCACCACCAAAAUAUCAGCUGCAAAGAAGCCCGGCUCCCCUUCUAACCCCAGGUCUAACAAAACAAAGCCAGACCCUCCUCAGCCACCUCCAAAGCAAACUAAAAAAAUCUCAUUGCCAACUUCCACAGCAAAAACAGCAGUUUCGCCAUCCAAGAAAACCACAACAACCUCAAGUCCCAGCUCUGUCAAAACUGCCCCAGCACCAUUCUCGGGUAAAAAGCCAACUCCUUCCCAAAAUGAAUCUAAAACUGCCUCUCCUCCUCCUGCCGGUAAGAUACCCACCUCUGUGCUUAACGCUCUAAAAACAGCGCCACCCCCAGCACCUGGAAAAGUCUCCACCCCGCUGCCCUUGAAAACAACAACUCCCUCCACAACCACCACAAUGUUAACAUUCACCACCAGCACCACACCUCUGCUCAGCUUAGCCAGAACCGACCCUGCGCCCCUGCCCGGGAAACCCCUUACCCCUCAGCCCAGUACAGUGAGGACAGCCCUGCCUCUUGUCAAAGUGACUGUGCCCUCCACAGAGGCAGAAAACAGCACCACAUCUGCUCCAGAUGUGCCUGUAAUCACCACCGCUCCGCCCGAGCUGUCGUAUCCGCUCGCCUCUCCCACCCCGGCACCGGCUCCAACAGUAGACGACAACAACACGGACUUGAGCGUCGCCACCUUUGUGUCGGCCACCUUUGCUCCCAUGCCUGGUGUAACAGACGGGCCGCGCCUGUGGGAGGCAGCGGGGCUUCUGGAUGUCUCCACUUUCAUUCAUAGGAAAGAUAUUGACCUUGUGAAAGACUAUGAUGCAACCUAUGAUUAUGACUACGAUCUCAACUAUGAUUCCUGGGAUGAUACCGCAGACACAGAAUCAUUUGAUGGUACUCCAUCCAGACUGAGCACCAUCCGGGUCUUCUCUUCAUCAGUUGAUGGAGAUCCUCAUUUUGUGGUCCAGCUGCCAAAGCUGCAUCAGAACCUGUGUUUCACCGUAGACGGUAGAGCUAAUGAUGUUCUCAGACUGUUAGAGGACCCGAAGAGAGGCAUCAUUGUCGAUGGCCACCUGAUGGGAGCUCCCUCCAAGCACAGUGCAGGAGACCGCCCCCGGACCUACUUCGACCGCCUCACCAUUUCCUCAGUCACAGCUUCUGGCGACAUCAUGAUCACCCUCUCAUUGGACGCUGUAGUGGUGGAAGGGGAAGGGCAGGAUACUCUGCCCAUCAAUCAGGAGGCAUUGGUGACGAGGCAGGGGGUGACGGUCGCUGUGGACAGACAUCGGAGCUGCUGGAUCGAGCUGGACAAAGAUGUGCGCUUCCUGGUUAUGUUCCACCACUAUAAACACCCCAGCUACCUGCAGAUGGCUCACCUGGGCUUUUACAUCACAGAUGGACGGGGGUUGUCUGCUUCAACCCAAGGCCUGCUGGGCCAGUUUCAGCACACUGACAUGAGUGUAACAGUGGUGAAGGAUUACCUGGACGGAGGAGCUCACAAUGAGGCAAUUUCAGCCAGGGGGAUCCUGAGGUGGGGAUCAAAGCACAUGGCGGUCACCUUGCAGGACAAGACGCUGAAAGACACGGUGCGGAAACGCCACAUGGGCAAGUGCUGGGUGGUGCCCAAGGCGGAGAUAGAGAGACUACUGGGUCAUCCGUACGACAGCUACGUGGUGGAUCAUGUGUAAUCCUAGCCGAGUCGGCUCCGCCUUGUUGCCUCUCUGCUGCACAGCUCAGGUCACAGCAGUUAUCAAUGGCAUGGUUAUCGGACAAAGGAUGAGCAAGAAAGUGGGACUCCGUGAGGCUAAAAUGACACGUUGCCACUCAUAGUAUUCAGUAAGGAGCAGUGGGACACAGGUGUGGUUACAAAAAGAGGGGGUGGCAGUUUAUAAAGGAGUAAUGAGGAAGUGUGGUUCGACAAAUAUAGUGAAGGACUGAACGAUGAUGUUCUCCAUCAGUGAAUUUGACUUGGAUUCAAGCUCCCUCUGUGUGCUGUAUCUGUGACAGAGACGCCGUGUUCUCCUGUUCGCAUGGCAACCACAAAAUGUCCAUUUGUGCUGCAGCAGUUUGCGCUCGCUCCAAAAUGUGUCGCACACUAACUCACGACUUUAAAGAUGUUUAUCAGAUUAUUCUUAUAUUCCAUCGUGGAAUGAUUAUUAGGCUAAGCCUUGUUAUUAUUAAAACUGUAUCAUUCUGUAAGUUGUAUUUUUUAAGUGUAUAUAAAAUAUAAUUGUAUGUGUAUGUAUAGAUAAUCUUCCCACAAAACUCACCUGGAUGUAGUGAUUGCAUCCUCAAGAAGAAACACAAAACAGAAUCAGGGUCUUUCCAGGUUUGCCAUGUGCUUUUUAUUUUUCUAUCAUUUCAUUCAUAGUUUAAUUAAUUUUAUUUGUUACACAAGACAUUAGGCAUUGCUCACAUACUAGUGAUCAAACAAGGACAGUAAGUUUUCUACUACUUCAGCCUGAACUAUUUCUUUUUGUCAAUUUUCAAGGGAUAAUUGUCAAUAGUGGUUUCCAAAUAGGCCAAAAACUGGAUGGAAAUUAAAACAAUACAACCACACAUGAGGCUUUUGUUUUCAAUAAAUAAAAAAAGAGA